GUGGCUUCUCCGGAAGUUGUUCUUCAUAAGGUUGCUGUUCUGUCCUCCGAGAAAUUGAAAGUGUCAAAUCAGCCGGAGAUCUAAACUAAACGCAUAUUAGAAACAUUUACAUCUACAAAACAUCUUCAGGUGUUGUACAUUGAGCCUGCUCUGGCUCACUCAUGGUUGAGCUGGAGAGCGUGGAUCGAACCUGACACAAGAUGGCCUGUGUAGAUGAACCUCCAGAGAAGCACUGCUGGGUGUGUUUUGCUACGGAGAAGGAGGAUCGAGCUGCAGAAUGGGUCAGCCCGUGCCGGUGUAAGGGCUGCACCAAGUGGAUCCAUCAGUCUUGCUUACAGCGAUGGCUGGAUGAAAAACAGAAGGGAAACAGCGGAGGAGCCGUCAGCUGCCCGCAAUGUGGCACUGAAUACCGGAUAGUUUUCCCCAAAAUGGGGCCUCUGGUAUACUUCCUUCAGCAGGUCGACAGAGCUCUGUCUAGGGCCAGUCCGUUCGCCGCAGCUGGAGUCGUGGUGGGCACCGUCUAUUGGUCGGCCGUCACUUACGGUGCCGUCACAGUUAUGCAGGUGGUGGGCCAUAAGAAGGGUUUGGAUGUGAUGGAGCGUGCAGAUCCUCUCUUCUUACUCAUGGGUUUACCCACCAUCCCUGUCAUGCUGGUACUGGGGAAGAUGAUUCGCUGGGAGGAUUAUGUGGUGCGGAUUUGGCAACGACACUCCUCUAAGCUUCAGAUCUUCAGCGGGCUUGUACCUGGUAUGGGCCGUCCUCUGCCCCGCAUCCCAGUGGAAGGCAGUUAUGGAGGAGACCAUCUCUCUGUGUCUCGCACCCUGUGCGGCGCCCUCAUCUUCCCCUCCAUCGCCAACCUGGUGGGACGCCUCCUGUUCCGCAGAGUCACGUCAAACCUGCAGCGCACCAUCCUGGGUGGCAUUGCAUUUGUGGUGAUCAAAGGAGUGCUGAAAGUAUAUUUCAAACAGCAGCAGUACCUCAUCCAGGCCAACAGACACAUCCUGAAUUACCCAAUGCCCGAGGGACGAGCAGACGGCACUUUUGAGGACGACAACGAAGAUGGUAGCAAUGAAUGAAGACGAUGCACUUGAGGAAAUCAACAAAUGCACUGUAGUAUAGGAUUCUCAGUAUAAAGAAAGACAUAUUUACAGAUGUUUAAAGACAUAAUUUCUCAGCUUCACAUGGCUCUAAAUCAGCACAAACACAUAUUUGCUAUGUGUUACCUAACUGCGAGGAUGACUGAAAUUCUUUCAUCGGUGGGAAACGUUUGUUGGGGUGUUAAAGUGCCUGUAAUAGCAAAAUACACCAGUAGAUGGCGCCAAAUGCAAAGCUGGUACCUGCACUGUGCACUGAUGUCUCUGAUGAAGACAUUGUCAGGCUGCAAAUGUACCAGCAGAAUCAUGUAAGCAGUUUGAGAAUGAGUUAAUUGAUUCUGAUUGAAGAUGAUAAGCACUGGCUCUUUAAUGUCAAAUAAAGGAUAAUAAACCCAGAAAAUUUGACUUUGAUGCUUUUAAGAUAGUGGUUUACAGUAAUUGUUUUUAACCUGGAAAGAAACAUCUAGACCAUUUCGCUGCAAAAUUAAAGAAAUAAGAAGAAAAAUAUCAAAUUACUGUAUUUGGGGUUUUUUUAUGGAUACUAAAUAGUUUUUUGCAUUAAAUCUGUGAAAUUGUUCAUGAUGAUUAGGUGUAUUUUCAGGCCAAAUUUAAAUUGUAAUGCACCUGUUUCUUUUUUUUUGUUAUUUUCAUUGUUUCUCAUUAUGUUAAUGCAGAAGGUAUUCACUGUAUUUAAAAUAAAAACAUGUAGUAAAUAUUUAAUUAGUGUAAUACAAUUUAAAUUGUAGUAAAACUAGCAUGAAGGCAGUUUUAUAAAAGUCAUGAUGUACUGAAAUAAAAUAGAAAUUAAAUUAUAAUUUGUCACCAUCA